CAAAACUGCUCUCCUUUCCUUUGGAGCUGCCCAUGAUCUUUCCAGCCUAUUUCGCAGACACCUUCCCCUUUCUUUCAGACUCUGUUCCCAGUUCUCUGGAUCCCUUUCUGGUCCUUCAGACACUUUUGCUGCUCCCAAUGAAGGCAUCUUCACUAGCUUUUGCAGAGCGUUAUCCCUAUGCAUGCACAUCUAGAUUGGAUUUUUCCAAACGUGCAACUAAGAACAAGCCCAAACCAUAAAGUUAUGGUUUCUCUUACAUACGUUAAGGUUCACAGUCCGUCUUCUACUCUGUGUUUGUGUAGGGACUGGCACAAUGAAACUCAGCCCUAGUUUAGUGCCUGGACCAUUCUGCAAUAAAUGUAAGACAUAAAACUGGGUUUGUACUUAGUCUCAUCUUUUACCUUUCUCAUUCUUCCCAUCAAGGAGAAAACUACUUGUUCCCUUACUGAGACUUUAAACUCUUUUUAGAGCAUUUGAAAAUAUAAUUCCUCAGCAGUGUAUGGGUGCAGGAAUCUCUUCACACUAGUCUCUUCCCCAAAAUCAGGGACCCUGUGGUGCUGCUGGGCCCGCGAGGUGGGUGCUAGUGGGAAUGACGACAAGCAGCAUAGGGGCGGUGUUAAAGACAUUGCAGGGUGGGAAUUCCUUCAACAGCAUCGCCCGGCGUGGGAGGUCUGGAGCGUCGUCGUCGGGUUUUUGUGGCCUGAGACAUCUCCCAGGAGUCCCAUAAGGAGGAUUAAGCAGGCAAUAUGUCUUUUGGGGGGGAAAAAGUAAAGGAUAUUUUAGCAGCUCGAUAGUAUCCCUUUAUUAAAGCAUUAUAUUGGUAUCCUGUUCAUAGCAACGCUGCUAUUAGCAGGGUCCAAGUCCUCACCUUUUCCUUUCAGACUUUCUAUCACAAAUUACCGGUGGAUAGCUUCUAUAUUAUUUCUUUUUAGUUGCUACUUAGUUCUGCAGAGGAAAUAGAACCUUUCUCUGCAGCAGGUGAAAGGCAAUUUCUAACUGAACACAUUUUGGUUUUUUUCCUGUCUUCCAGACUUCAUUUUAUGGCAGAUUCAGGCACUUCUUGGACAUCAUUGAUCCGCGCACUCUCUUUGUUACUGAGAGCCGUCUGAAGGAAGCUGUGCAGUUGUUGGAGGAUUACAAGCAUGGGACUUUGCCCCCGGGAGUCACCAACAAAGAGCUGUGGGGAGCUCAAAAAAUAAAGCAGGCCAUCAUCCAUCCCGAUACAAACGAGACCAUCUUCAUGCCUUUCCGAAUGUCAGGUUACAUUCCCUUUGGAACACCCAUCGUUGUCGGUCUUCUCUUGCCCAACCAGACGCUGGCAUCCACUGUGUUUUGGCAGUGGUUGAAUCAGAGCCACAAUGCCUGCGUCAACUAUGCAAACCGCAACGCGACAAAGCCUUCUCCGACAUCCAAGUUCAUCCAGGGCUACUUGGGAGCUGUCAUAAGUGCUGUCUCAAUAGCAGUGGGCCUUAAUGUUCUGAUUCAGAGAGCAAACAAGUUUACCCCUGCCACUCGUCUCUUGAUCCAGAGGUUUGUGCCAUUCCCUGCUGUCGCUAGUGCCAAUAUCUGCAAUGUUGUCCUGAUGAGGCACACAGAGCUGGAAGAAGGAAUUGAUGUUUUGGACAAUAACGGAAACAUUGUCGGGUCUUCCAGAAUUGCUGCAAAACACGCACUGCUAGAAACGGCCCUGACUAGAGUGGUCCUGCCAAUGCCUAUACUGGUUCUACCUCCAAUUAUUAUGUCCAUACUGGAAAAAACAUCACUCCUGAGGUCCCGUCCCCGGAUGAUUCUCCCAGUCCAAAGCCUUGUGUGCCUCGCUGCCUUUGGCCUGGCCCUCCCCUUGGCCAUCAGUCUCUUCCCGCAGAUGUCCGAGAUUGAGACAUCUCGGCUGGAGCCAGAAAUCGCAAUGGCCACCCCCAGUAAGACUGUAGUCUACAAUAAAGGAUUGUAAGUGGAAGCGGACAAUCUCAGCCCAGAAGAUUUGGGGAGGGAAAGGGGGAAACUUGAGAUCCCAACUGGGAAAAAGAAAACAACAACAAGAGAAAACAAAUAAUAGAGCUCAGCGAUAGUAACGUAUUACCGCUCCCGGCGAACUGGGAGUAAAUUAACACUUGCAGAGAACUGACGCCUCACACCAGUCAAAAAGAUUAAUAUUAAAAGUUUUAAAUUAGCAACAGGAGCAGUGACAAAAAACUUACAUUCAAACACUUUAGAGAACUAGCUAAAGAAUAAUCUCAGAACUUAAUAGCACUGCAUGGAGGGAUGUUUAACAGUGUGUUUACAUGGUUAUACCUAACUACAUGAAAAUAGGCUUCACCGAGCAAAUUUUGUUUUCAAUGCAAAUUAAAUCUCCACAC